AUGCAUCAGGACAGAAACUUGAAGGUGAGGAUAAGGACAUUGUUUCAGGAAACAUUUUUAUCACUGCAAAAACAAGAAUAUGUGGCCCUGUACACUUACUCAUCGGAUGAGCCAAGCGACCUCGCCUUCGAUGCCGGGGAGCGCAUCACGGUCACAAAGAAAGAUGGGGAAUGGUGGACGGGUAAGGUCGGUAGUCGGGAAGGCAUCUUUCCAUCUAACUAUGUGCAGAUGGCUCAGCCAGAGGGAGAGGGGACAUUGUCUACUACCGGUCAGUCUCUUGCUCCAGUGGUUCCGGCCGAUGUGGCAGCCAAGUCUGGAUCUUUAUCUAGGAAACCAGAGAUUGCCAAAGUGCUUGCCUCCUAUGAAGCGACGGGAGCAGAGCAGCUCAGCCUGACCGCAGGACAACUCAUUAUGGUCAGGAAGAAGAAUGCUAGCGGCUGGUGGGAAGGUGAACUACAGGCUAGGGGUAAGAAACGUCAGAUUGGCUGGUUCCCUGCAAACUAUGUAAAGCUGAUGGAAUCUGCUGGCAAGGUCACUACUCCGGGUGAGACUUCUAAAUCACCCAGUAUCUUGACUCCUCCUUCGCAAGCAAACCAGAGACUGACACCAGGCAUUGAUAUGGUAUGCCAAGUCAUCACCAUUUACCAGUACGCCCAGCAGAACGAAGACGAGCUGUCCUUCCAGAAAGGCAUGGUCAUCAACGUCCUAAGCAAGGAGGACCCUGAUUGGUGGAGAGGGGAGCUCAACGGCUCCGAGGGCGUCUUCCCGUCCAAUUACGUGCAGGAGCUCGGGGACAGCAAGAGUGCUCCGGCCACGGACUAACCAAGUACCCUGGUCUCUAAGAAUACCACUCUUACAAGAGCAUUUAAAGACCCACUACCAAACUUAAACUUGGAUUGUGAAAUUGAGACUGGUGCAAAAACCCUUUCUUCAGAAGUAUUUGGAUAUACAACUCGACUAGUGACACUGAGGUGGGAUUGAUACCAGUCUGGGAUUCAUCUUGAUGUCAUCUUCUGUUUUUUUAAUAUACUUUGGAUCGUCUAUACCAGCUUGGUUAUAUCUUAAUCAUUUUAUCGCUUAAAAAUGGAAUAAUUGUGUAUAAUUCCGAGUUGUGUUUGGUAGUGGGUCUUAGUUGCUCUUGUACUUUCCCAUAUUCAUGCGCUAGUAGCCAGUGAUAGAGUUAGCCAAGUCUCGCCUUAGAUUAAGUUUCUUGUUACAGGAAUUAUCCCAAACAACUAGCAGAGGGAUGUUUCACAAAGACUAAGAUCGAUGCCACUGUUUGCUCUCACCAUUAUGAUUUUUAAUCAUGAUUUGUACCUCCCUUGUGAGACCAAUGCCAGUAAAUGGUGAGAGCAAACAGUGGCAUGAAUGGCCUGCCAUAGUUAAGUCCAACUUAAACU